ACGAGCUGAAGACCUGCGCUGGGAUGUGUGUGUGUGUGUGUGUGUGUGUGUGUGUCUGAGCGACUUUUAACCAUGUGAAAAGAAGAAACUAAGUAUCGGAAUAACUUUAAGAUUUUCAGCAAGAAGAAACUUCAGAGAAAACUUUUCCUGAGGAUAAUAACGAUAGUCGUUGGAAGGAGAGAAGUUGACGAAUUCGUUCUAGGGGCUUGAGUGCCAUGCCAGAGGGGUCCCAUUCUGCUUUUCACCAGGGCCCAAUGGGGGAAGAAUCUCCUCAGUUGUCCUCAUCCCUGUCCACCAGUGAAUAUGACCAGGCAAACAUUGACCCAGGCCCGGACUGUUACAACCGGCUUUGUGUGGAGCCGCUGGACGGAGAGGGUGAACGGCCGGUGAGCCUGGUGUCCACCCUGUCCUCUGGUUCAUCACGCGAUAGUCGCAGCCUUUUUGGGAGCACUGUAGCCCUUCCUUCCUCCCUUACCCCACCCGUACAGAGCGAGGAGGACAUUGACUUGGAGUUGAGCCCAGCCGAAGGCACCGGAGAGCAGGCAGGUGACCAGAGUCCCACCCUCACUGGCUCCAGGGGCCGCUGGCAGGACCGGCUGGUGCCCAGGGUGAUCAGCAAUCAGUGGAACAACAACAAUGCCACCUCCAACAAGAAGGCAAGUGGUGAAGUACCUCACAUCCCUACCCCGCCUGUCGUCACAAACAUCAUGGCGCCAAACCCAAAGCUGACCUAUGUGGACCGUGUUGUCAUGGAGAUCAUUGAGACGGAGCGCAUGUACGUCAAGGACCUGCACAGCAUCGUGGAGGACUACUUGGCUCACAUUAUUGAUAUGAAUAACCUUCCCAUUCGGCCAGAACAAGUAUGUGCCCUGUUUGGCAACAUAGAGGACAUCUAUGAGUUCAACAGUGAACUGCUGCAGUCCUUAGACAUGUGUGAGAGUGACCCUGUGGCCAUUGCUCGAUGCUUUGUAGAUAAGAGUGAGGACUUCGAAAUAUACACUCAGUAUUGCACCAACUAUCCCAACUCAGUGGCAGCACUCACUGACUGCAUGAGGAGUACAACUUUGGCCAAGUUCUUUAGGGAUCGGCAGGCUGCUCUGAAGCGCUCCCUCCCUCUGGGCUCCUAUCUGCUGAAGCCGGUCCAGAGGAUCCUGAAAUAUCACCUGCUGCUUCAGGAAAUUGCAAAGCACUUUGACCCAGACGAGGAGGGCAAUGAGGUGAUUCAGGAGGCCAUAGACACCAUGACCGGAGUGGCCUGGUACAUCAACGACAUGAAGAGGAAACACGAACAUGCUGUCAGAGUGCAGGAGAUACAGUCUCUCCUGAUCAACUGGAAGGGUCCUGACCUGACCACCUAUGGAGAGCUGGUGCUGGAGGGCACCUUUCAUGUCCUGCGGGCGAAGAACACCCGUACACUCUUCCUCUUCGAAAGGAUGCUCCUUAUUACUAAGAAGCGAGGGGAACACUAUGUCUACAAGAUCCACAUCUUAUGCUCCACCCUAAUGCUACUUGACAGUGCCAAGGAUCCCCUGCUCUUCAGUGUCAUCCAUUUCAAGCAUCCCAAGCAACCCCAUACAGUGCAGGCUAAGUCGGUAGAAGAGAAGCGUCUCUGGGCCCAUCACAUUAAGAGGCUGAUUCUUGAGAACCACAACACCAUCGUACCGCAGAAGGUGAAGGAAACCAUCAUGGAUAAUUCUAACUAUCCAGGGAAGUACCACUACAGUCCUGAGAGGCUGAAGAAAGCACAGUCCUGCCAAGCUGACUUCCAUCUUGGAGGGCGAAAUGGGAGAAGGAGAUCAGAGCCUGCAAAACAACUCAUUAGGAGCACAAAAGCUGUUUUGAAGCAUGCAGACAGUGAGGGUGCACUGCUCGGGGAGAGAUGCUCCCUUCAGCCAGCCACUAGUGUCAGUAUGCUGGCCUCCAGUCUAGGCGAGCCCCAGGCUGAGAGGCCAUGUGUGGAGGAUCUAAUUCCCAGAAGGGACUCUCUGGAGCAGCUAAGUCCUACUGACUGUGACCCGAAACUGGGCUCUUCACCCAGUGAGGGGGGGCUGGAGCUGGAGAAGGCUGAGGAGGAGGAGGAGGAAGGGGAGAGUUACGAGGAAGAUAUACUGAUUGGGGACGACCAGGUAGCCGACUUUGCCAGUUCAGUGCUGGCAGCCAUCUCCUGCUGGCACUAUAGAGCCAGGGCUUUGCUUUCUACUCACUUCACAACGGAUGAUCAGAACAGAGAAACGGCUGAACUGAAAAUGACACACAGAGAGGAGGCAGGAACUCGCAGGCGGGAGGAAAAACAUGUGGACGCGGCUGUGAAAGAAACUCUCACCACGCAGGUCAGUGUGGAGGAGCUGUGCCCUCUAGACGGUGUCCCUCACGUGGAGAAGAGCAAUCAGCUGGAGGGGCAUUACUCCCAAUGCCCCGAGUCUCCUUCCUCCCUUUUGCCACAAGAAGCCAACACACCAGAACCCCAGGAUACCUUGAGAGAAACCGGAGGGGAGGUAGAAGGGGAGAGUGAUUCCUCUGGUCUCCAAGUGGAGGAGACGAGUGUGCUGACGAACUGGGAGCUCUCAGAGGAGGAAGAGGAGGUGCUUUCAGGCAAUAAAUGCAUCCUUCCUUCCUCUGUAUUGGAUCAGGCUGGUGUGAUAGCUGAGCGCUUUGUCAGCAGCCUGUCCAGACGAAGCAGUCUGGUGUCAGAGGAACUGGGUUCAGUCGCCUGCCCCUCACCCUCAAUAGAUAAUGACGCCUUCAAAAGCCCCUCAGCUUGCAUGGACUUGGAGAAACACACCCAAAUGUUGGCCAGGUCUUCCCCAGAGCCACAGGUGACCUCAGAGGCUGAUCUGUCAACGCCUGCAAAUGUACCUGCCCUGGACGCCCUCUAUGAAGGGGAACGCAGGUCCACUCUCUCCAAACAAGAUCGCCUCCUCAUCCACAAGAUCAGAAGAUACUACGAGCACGCUGAGCACCAAGAUGCUGACUUUAGCGUCAAGCGCAGGGAAAGCCUCUCCUACAUCCCAGCAGGUCUGGUCCGGCACCUGAGCAGACAGCUUAACAGUGGUCCUCAGGAGCAGGCCUCCCCAGUCCACAGGAAAGGCCUCUCUCGGAACCGCCCCACUUCCUGGUCUGUUUUUGACCUUCCUGGCUUAGAAAAGAGUCGAAACACUGACACGCAUCAAAAAACUGAACCACAGAGACCAGUGGAAGCCUCCACCACAGAUGAAGAGUUCAGACCCUCAUCAGACAUGCUCAAGGUUUGGCAAAACAUGGAGGAAGGGAGCCAGGAAGUCCAGCAGAUCACAGGGGAGAAACUUAAUGAUUCUAGAUCAGAAGCGACACAGGAUUCAGUCACUUCAGGUGAUGAAACCAGUGGGCAACCGCCUCAGAUUUUGGAAGAGCCUGAAAUGAGCACCGCCUCAGACGACUCCUCCAUCUCAUCUCCCACCACAACCUUUCCAGCAGAGGAGGGGGGAUCCUGUCAGGACUCUAAGACAUUUGGGACCUCCACGUCUCAAGAGAUCAGCCAUGGCCAUCUACCCAAAGUCAUUAGCUUACGAACAAGCAUGGACGAGGACCAGAUCCUUCAAGACAUGGGAAAGAUGAAAAACAAGGUGUUCCAGCUGGCACGUCAGUACAGUCAGCGCAUCAAAAACAACAGGCCAAUAAUCUGGCCGAGGAACCGAGAGCCAGCAAGUCAACGGGACUUCAAGAAUAUGCCUGCUGUCCAUGAGGAGAAGACGCAGUUUGGGAAAAAGGGUAAACCCAACCUGAGAUUGACCUUUAACACUUGCAAUCAGGCGGUCAUCCAUGAAGAGCGUCUUCCAAGCCCAGUCCAGACCCCCAGCUCUGGAGCCAGCUCCCAGAGCACAGUUACCUGCCCACAAAGCCCACAGCCAGACACCUUCCACUGGCCUGAUGUACAGGAGCUGCGCACCAAAUACACCAAGACCUCCCACCCUAAAGUAACCCGUAGCUACACGGUCCCAGACGGGAUGCCGGAGUACUGUAAUGGCUGCUUACACAAGUACAAUAGCUCCUCUGACCUUCACAAAGCUCUGACAAACUGUCCUAGGACACAGUCUGAAACAGUAUACAAGGAAAUGUGUCCUGUGGUGGAGGACUGGCCCCAGUCCCAGCCUCAUCUUCAGCCCCUGCUGUGCAGGUGGAGCUCCUUGGACCACAUGCUUGGGUCUCUUCCCCUCCAUGAAGUACAGAACCUUCAGGAGCCUGUGAGGACCUGUUACACAGCCAGCCAGGUGUCUCUGCUAACAAGAGACACCGGCAAGCUACGAAACGAGGACACCCUCCUGCAGGAGGGCUCGGGCUGUGCAACAAAGUCUGCUGCCUUCAGUUCAGGGAAGAUGACAGAAAGUAAUCUAGUGAAAAGCUUACGGGAGAAGUUUCAGAGUUUAAGCACAAGCUCGUGAGCACAUGUACAUUUUUAUUAUCAGGGACUAUCACAAUGGAAACAUUAUCUUUACCUGAUACUUCUCAACCUCCCCUUUUCCCUCCCCUCCCCUCCCCCAUAAAAUAAUGCAACUUGUUGUCUGCACAUUGUUGCAAGUAUACAGGACCCAGUGAUUAUGUCAGCAACAGUGAAACAUAAAAGGGAUAUUAUUGGUCAUUGGUUAGGGCCACGAUGGGGAUUGUCUUUAAAAAGGUGUAUUGCAAUAUUUGUACAUCGGAUAUUUGUCUGCACUGUACAAUACAAAACAGGUUCAUGUAAAGAUAUGUAUAUAGUCCACUGUAUCAGUUCGAGAUUAGGUUCUGCUUUAUUAUUAUAUGCAUCUAUUUGGUUCCCUCACACUGUUGGUGAUUCUUGUUACUAUAACACUAUUACCAUUAAACCAUGUAAACUGUCAGCUGGAGUUUCAGGGGAAAGCAAAAGUCUCUGAACGUAUACCAAAGUGGGUUUUCCUUUUAGCAUUUGUUGACUUUCAGUGCAUGUGGUCACGGCAGUAAUUUGCUUCCACGUCUACUGUUGCUGCUUCUACAGCUGUUUUCACAUACUGUAUCACUGGAGCUUUAUUUUUCGCAAUAAGUUGUGUAUUUCCUUUAAUAUUAUUUAUGAAAUUGUAUAUUUGGGAGAGAUUGGCCUCAUGUAAAUACUAACCAGUAGCAAGCCUUUUUACUAUUCCAUUCCAGAAAAUAUAUUAUUUCAUACUUGAAGUUUCCCAUAUUUUCAAUAAAAACAGAAAUGGUUAAGCAUC